AUGUUCGGUGCCGAUCAACAACGGACGAGCGGCGGCGAGGCCACUGUCGCCUGCCAUGGCUUGAAUGACUUCCUGCCGCCGCCGCCGCCGCCGCCGCUUCCGGCGACGUCCGUUAUCAACGUCCUGCCACGCUUGCCAUCGCGAUUUCAUUCAUGCCUCCGCGUCGCCCAUGUGACUUGUGUACGUGACGUGUGUUCUGCGUGGCGUAUGUCUGCUCUGUUUCAUGUAUGCGUAAAUGCGAGCGAGUUAGUAUUAGCGGGUACAACGGUGAUGACGUCGUUCGCGACACCGCUGGACCGCCUGCGUCUUUGCCUCCGUCUACUCGCACAUCCUCUGCUGGUCAGCCUACCGCGAACGAUGACGCAAACCACGGUGGUCACUGGUCAACCGUGA